AUAGAAAUUUAUGUUGUUUUUCCUAAUUAUUCUUCUUAUAUUUGUUCCUAUAUAAUAAUUGUCAACUGUCAAAAAAGGCAUUGAAGUUUCAUUCAAUUUGGCAACCAAAAAUCAAAGCCAGUUUUAACAUAGUUACAUAUAUAGCCUAACACAAUUAAACUCUCCAUUAAAAUCUUGAAUUUACCUUUGGGGGUUCAUCAAGAUUUGUGUAGAGAGAAGGAGAGACUCAAUUUGUCUCUCCUCUCUCAAUUUUGUGUUUUUUUUUUUCAUAAGGGGUUUCUUUUUUUUUUUUUUUUUUUUUUUUUUCAAAUGGCAAAACAAAGAGAUGAAUUUUAUGAUGGGGUUAUAGAAGGGAUGCCGUUAUUUGCUAAAGAAUUAAUAGCAGGUGGUGUAGCUGGUGGUUUUGCUAAGUCAGCUGUUGCACCUCUUGAACGUAUCAAGAUCUUGUUUCAGACCAGACAAGCUGAAUAUCGGAGUUUGGGGCUAAUAGGAUCCUUUAUGAAGAUUGCCAAGACAGAAGGACCUCUUGGUUUUUUCAGGGGAAAUGGCGCUAGUGUUGCUCGAAUUGUCCCUUACGCAGCACUGCACUACAUGGCCUAUGAAGAGUACCGCCGCUGGAUUAUACAAGGAAUUCCCGGGGUGGAUAAAGGUCCGAUUCUUGAUCUCGUAGCAGGAUCAUUUGCCGGUGGGACUGCUGUACUUUUUACUUAUCCGCUUGAUUUAGUUCGAACUAAAUUGGCUUACCAGGUGGUUGAAUCCCAAAAGUUAAAUAUACAACGGCUUGUUACCGAUGAACAAGUUUACAAAGGAAUAAAGGACUGUUUUUCGAAAACAUACAAGGAAGCCGGAAUAAAGGGCCUAUACCGUGGAGUUGCUCCAUCACUUUAUGGAAUCUUUCCAUACGCCGGGCUGAAAUUCUACUUCUAUGAGAAAAUGAAGAGCCAUGUCCCUAAGGAGCAGAAGAAUGAUAUCGCGAUAAAACUAGCAUGUGGAUCUGUUGCAGGACUUCUAGGACAAACUUUCACUUAUCCUCUAGACGUUGUUAGGCGGCAAAUGCAGGUCCAACGACUCUCAGCAUCUACCAGCCACGAAAUGAAAGGAACAGUCGAUACUCUCGUUAUGAUUUUGCAAACACAUGGAUGGAAACAACUAUUUUCGGGGCUUAGCCUCAACUAUUUGAAGGUUGUACCAUCUGUUGCGAUUGGGUUCACUGUUUACGAUAUGAUGAAAGCGUAUCUGAGAGUACCUUCACGCGACGAUGCUGGUGUAGAAGGUGUCACUAGUAGCAGAAAUAGUCAACCAUCCACCCUGCACUCUUAACAAUCUUCUUGAGGCUCACAGAUUGCCAAAGUUCAAUUUCAGAAAAGUUUGUACAUUUCCAUUCUUUCACAUAGCCAUAAUUCUUCCUUACAAUAAGUUGUUCUAUAAAUCAUCUGUAUAUCAACAACUUGUAAACUUAUACAUUGAUUUGACAAGUUUAAUUGACUAUGUUGAUUUUU